CCUCGAACUCUGCAACAAUCCACCGCAUUCCGCAAAAAUGGUGUCUUCAACGGCGCUGACAACCAAGGUGACCUCGGGCACGCCCUACCAGCUCGACAAGACCCAGGUGUCUCGGGCUUCCAGCGCGCUCCUCAAACACAUCAAAUCGAAGCAGGAGGAGAAGGAGAAGAGUGCGACGAAGAAGACGCUGAUCGGCGACAACGAUGACGACUCGGACGCGGAAGAGAACUCGCCUCUGCACAACGAGGCCGUCUGGCUGGUCCUGACGACGAAGAAGCACGUCGUCGACAAGAACCGCCUCAAGCCCGGCAAGAUCGCCAUCCCGCAUUCCCUGAACGCCUCCCCCUCCCUCAGCAUCUGCCUCAUCACCGCGGACCCCCAGCGGUCCGUCAAGAACAUCGUCGCCGACGCCGCGUUCCCGCAACACCUCAGCUCCCGCAUCGACAAGGUCAUCGGAUACUCGAAACUGAAGGACCGCUACAAGAGCUUCGAGAGCCGGAGACAACUGCUCGCCGAACACGAUGUCUUCCUGGCCGAUGACCGCAUCAUCAUGCGCCUCGUCAACACCCUCGGCAAGAUCUUCUACAAGUCCAGCAAGCGGCCCAUCCCCGUCCGCAUCGCCGAGAUCGAGAAGGUCGAUGGCAAGAAGGUCAAGAAGGACCCCAAGACCAAGAACAAGGACGAUGACAGCGCCUUUGCUGCCCCCGCCAUCGUGGCCAAGGAGAUCGAGAAGGCCCUCAACUGCGCCCCCGUGCACCUGGCCCCCGCUACCACCGCUGCUAUCCGCGUCGGCUCUUCGAAGUUCUCUGCGAAGCAGCUCGACGAGAACGUCGACGCCGUGGUCCAGGGUCUGACGGAGAAGUUCAUCACGAAGGGGUGGAGGAAUAUCAAGGCGCUUCACAUUAAGGGCGCCAACACCAUGGCCAUGCCGAUCUGGCUGGCCAGCGAGCUGUGGGUUGAGGAUGCGGACGUGGUGGAGGAAGGCGCCGAGGAGGCCAAGGUGCUGGAGGGCAGCAAGAAGCGCAAGCAGAGCGCCGGCGAGGAGGAGGAGGGCGAGAAGCUGAUCGAGGCGCCGAAGAAGUCCAAGAAGGCCAAGCCGGCCGCGGACGACGAGGACGCCUUGUCGCUGGCCGCAAGGAAAGAGAAGCUGCAGAAGCAGAAGGCCAAGGCCCUGGAAGACGGUGCCACCACCACCACCCCCGUCGUCAAGGCCGCCGCCACCAAGAAGAAGAGAAAGUCGACUUCAUAAUCGGGUCGGUCCAUCGUCAAAUAUCAUUGAUAUACCAUCGGUGUUGCUGUUUCUUCUUUUUACUUUCUUUACGGCUUUGUAUACUGAAUAGCAAUGGGUCUGUUUCUGGCGGCGCCUGUCGAUUGAUUUGAUCGUUUAUACAUCAGGGCAAUAAUACCCUGGGACGAAUAAAAGUUUAGACAUUUUGCAC